CGGCGGCGGCGGUGGUGGCGGCGGCAGCGGUGGCGGCCCGGGUGCGAGCGCGGCGCAGCCCAGCCCGAGCGAUCGCGGAGCGGGCGCCCGCAGCCCCGGCGCCGCCAUGGUGGAGGCGGCGCCCCCCGGGCCCGGGCCGCUGCGGAGGACCUUCCUGGUGCCCGAGAUCAAGUCGCUGGACCAGUACGAUUUCUCGCGGGCCAAGGCGGCGGCCAGCCUGGCGUGGGUGCUGCGGGCCGCCUUCGGGGGCGCAGAGCAUGUGCCCUCGGAGCUGUGGGAGCCCUUCUACACGGACCAGUACGCGCAGGAGCACGUGAAGCCCCCGGUGACGCGGCUGCUGCUCUCGGCCGAGCUCUACUGCCGGGCCUGGCGCCAGGCGCUGCCGCAGCUCGAGACACCCCCCAGCCCCGCCGCCUUACUGGCCCUGCUGGCGCGGAGGGGCACGGUGCCCGCGCUGCCCGAGCGCCCAGUGCAGGAGGCCGACCUCAGGCACCAGCCCAUCCUCAUGGGAGCCCACCUGGCUGUCAUUGACGCUCUCAUGGUUGCCUUCGCUUUGGAGUGGACAAAGACGGUGCCCGGUCCGUUGGCCCUGGCCAGCUUGGAGCACAAGCUCCUUUUCUGGGUGGACACGACCAUCCGGCGGCUGCAGGAGAAGACAGAACAGGAAGCCGCCCAGAGAGCAUCUCCCGCGGCCCCUGCAGAUGGGGUGGCCCCAGCGCAGCCCUCGUGCCCCACACGCUGGUACUGGAAGCUGGUUCCUCACGCAAUUGCCUUCUGUUUGAAGGAGUCGGGGAGCAAACCCCCCAUGAUCCGAUACCGCAAGGACCGUGCCGUGGCCCGACGCGCCCCCUGCUUUCCAACAGUGACCAGCCUCCAGGACCUGGCAAGUGGGGCUGCGCUGGCCGCCACAAUCCACUGCUAUUGUCCCCAGCUGUUGCGACUGGAGGAGGUGUGCCUCAAAGACCCCAUGUCUGUGGCGGACAGCCUGUACAACCUCCAGCUGGUGCAGGAUUUCUGCGCCUGCCGCCUUCCUCGUGGCUGCCCGCUGUCUCUCGAAGACCUGCUUUAUGUCCCACCGCCCCUCAAGAUCAACCUGGUGGUGCUGCUGGCCGAGAUGUUCAUGUGCUUCGAGGUGCUCAAACCCGACUUCGUGCAGGCCAAGGACCUGCCUGACAGUCACGCUGCCUCCCCCCGGGCCAUGGAGGCCUCCACCCCUCAGAACGGCAGUGGCAGCAGUUCUCCUGUCUUCAACUUCCGCCACCCUCUCCUGUCAUCUGGCAGCCCCCAGUCCCCACUCCGUGGAUCUACAGGCUCGCUGAAGUCCUCCCCGUCCAUGUCCCACAUGGAGGCCCUCGGCAAGGCCUGGAACCGUCAGCUCAGCCGUCCCCUUUCCCAGGCCGUCUCGUUCAGCACCCCCUUUGGCCUGGACAGCGACGUGGAUGUUGUCAUGGGAGACCCCGUCCUCCUGCGCUCCGCCAGCUCGGACAGCCUGGGUCCCCCGCGCUCCGUGCCCGCCCGGACCCCCGCCCAGCCACCCCCGGAGCCUGGUGACCUGCCCACCAUCGAGGAGGCCCUACAGAUCAUCCACAGUGCCGAGCCCCGGCUGCUCCCGGAUGGGGCUGCCGACGGCAGCUUCUACCUCCACUCCCCGGAGGGGCCCUCCAAACUGCCACUGGCCUCCCCGUACCCGCCCGAGGGGGCCUCAAAACCACUGCCCGAUGGGCCCACCAAAGCACCCGUCUACUUGCCCCACCCCGAGGGCCCCUUGAAACCGUCUCCCUGCCCAGCCGGGGAGGUAUCGAAACUGCCAGCCCUGUCUGAGGGCUCCCCAAAGGCGGCGGCUUCGUCCCCGGCGGCCAGCAACUCGGAAGUGAAGAUGACCAGCUUUGCUGAACGCAAGAAGCAGCUAGUGAAGGCCGAGCCCGAGGCUGGGUCCCCGGCAGCCGGCUCAGCGGCCCCGGAGGCCCUGAGCUCGGAGAUGAGUGAGCUUGGAGCCCGGCUAGAGGAGAAGCGCCGGGCUAUAGAAGCGCAGAAGCGCCGGAUCGAGGCCAUCUUUGCCAAGCACCGGCAGCGCCUGGGCAAGAGCGCCUUCCUGCAGGUGCAGCCCCGGGAGGCCGGCGGGGAGGUGGAGGUGGAGGAGGAGCUGGGCCCGGCCUCUGGUGGGGAGCGGCCAGCAGGCGAGGGCCAGGGCGAGCCGGCCCCACGGCCCAAGGCAGUGACCUUCUCGCCAGAACUGGGCCCGGCGCCCCCCGAGGGGCUGGGGGACUACAACCGGGCCGUCAGCAAGCUGAGCGCCGCCUUGAGCUCGCUGCAGCGGGACAUGCAGAGGCUCACGGACCAGCAGCAGCGGCUCCUGGCCCCACCCGAGGCCCCCGCGCCGGCCCCGCCGCCCGCCGCGUGGGUCAUCCCUGGCCCCACGACGGGUCCCAAAGCCGCGUCCCCCAGCCCUGCCCGGCGCGCCCCAGCCGCCCGGCGCAGCCCCGGGCCCGGCCCCAGCCCGACACCCCGCAGCCCGAAGCAUGCACGGCCAGCGGAGCUGCGGCUGGCGCCCCUGACGAGGGUGCUCACGCCUCCCCACGAUGUAGACAGCCUCCCCCACCUGCGCAAGUUCUCGCCGAGCCAGGUGCCUGUGCAGACACGCUCCUCUAUCCUCCUGGCGGAGCGGCCGCCUCCUGAGGAGCCUGCGGCCCGGCCCGGCCUCAUCGAGAUCCCACUGGGCAGCCUGGGAGAGCCCCCGGCCGAGGAUGAGGGAGACGGGAGCCCCCCUGGGGCUGAGGACUCCUUAGAGGAAGAGGCGUCUUCAGAGGGAGAGCCCCGAGCUGGGCUGGGCUUCUUCUAUAAGGAUGAAGACAAGCCUGAGGACGAGAUGGCUCAGAAGCGGGCCAGCCUGCUGGAGCGCCAGCAGCGGCGGGCGGAGGAGGCCCGGCGGCGGAGGCAGUGGCAGGAGGCCGAGAGGGAGCAGCGCCGGGAGGAGGCCGCGCGGCUGGCCCAGGAGGAGGCGGCCCCUGGGCCCCCGGCCCCCCCAGCCCCUGCGGCGACCCCGGCCCCUGCUGCCAGGGCCCCGGCCGAGGAGGAGGUGGGCCCCCGGCGCGGGGAGUUCACGCGGCUGGAGUACGAGCGACGGGCCCAGCUGAAGCUGAUGGAUGACCUCGAUAAGGUGCUGCGGCCCCGGGCUGCGGGGACAGGGGGCCCAGGCCGGGGUGGACGCAGGGCCCCCCGGCCACGCUCUGGUUGCUGUGAUGAUUCGGCCCUGGCACGGAGCCCGGCCCGCGGCCUGCUGGGCUCUCGGCUCAGCAAGGUCUACUCCCAGUCCACGCUGUCACUGUCCACCGUGGCCAACGAGGCCAACAACCUAGGCGUGAAGAGGCCCACGUCUCGGGCUCCCUCCCCCUCCGGCCUCAUGUCCCCGAGCCGCCUGCCUGGCAGCCGAGAACGGGACUGGGAGAAUGGCAGCAACGCCUCCUCCCCGGCGUCGGUCCCGGAGUACACAGGUCCGCGGCUGUACAAGGAGCCCAGUGCCAAGUCCAACAAGUUCAUCAUCCACAACGCCCUGUCCCACUGCUGCCUGGCGGGCAAGGUGAACGAGCCGCAGAAGAACCGCAUUCUCGAGGAAAUCGAGAAGAGCAAGGCCAACCACUUCCUGAUCCUCUUCCGCGACUCGAGCUGCCAGUUCCGGGCCCUCUACACGCUGUCGGGGGAGACGGAGGAGCUGUCGCGGCUGGCGGGCUACGGCCCGCGGACAGUGACGCCCGCCAUGGUGGAGGGCAUCUACAAGUACAACUCGGACCGCAAGCGCUUCACGCAGAUCCCUGCCAAGACCAUGUCCAUGAGCGUGGAUGCCUUCACCAUCCAGGGUCACCUCUGGCAGGGCAAGAAGCCCACCACCCCCAAGAAGGGCGGCAGCACCCCCAAAUAGCCCGUCCCAGGUGGGCUGGCCGCCGCCCUGCUGGAGGACCGCCAGUCGGCAUUCUCGGGUCCUGUGUGUCCCCGACUUUGUCCGGGUGGGGCUGGAGUCUCCACCCCCUAACUUCCGUCCCGUCCUGCUGUGGGGGCUGAGCUGGGAGGUUCAGGGACUCAGGGCUCAGCUCGGUCCCCUGUCUGUCCUCCCCACCUUCUUGAAUAAAAUAAUUUAAAGAGA